AGACAUAGCUGCUCAACAUUUGGCACCGUUCUUCGGUAGUGAAUGAUUUCACGACUGGUUUCUCACCGUAAGAAAAGGACACACUUAAGAAAGCAUUAAAAAUAUUUGACUUGCAACAACUCUGCAAUUAGCACCCGAAAAACUGCCUUUGUCAAGGAACGGGCCAGCAUAGUACAAAGCCUCCAGCACGAACAUGCUGAACGGACUCGUCAACGAAGACCCCGCUGUCAAGAGAUAAUCAGGUACCCAGAGGCUCCAGCAGCGGUGUCUUCCCUUCUCGAUGGUGUUUCUGAUGUCCGCUUCAGGAGUCUCCUUGGCCAGACUUGAGAUACGUGGAUAUUAGAGAAGCCACUGCAUAUAUUCGUCUUGAAAACUUCCAUCAUAGAGGCUCAGAACUUUCUGAAGAAGCCUGAGGAUUUGAAGGUGCUAAGAAGCAGAGAAGAAGCCACGGGGACAGGCGGUGGUGAGUGGGCCAUGGAAUAUCCACCAACCAGAUAAUCCUCGCGGGCCGCCGAGACGUGUCUGAAUGUAGGCCGCAGGAGUCCUGAAGGUUGAUGGAGGGCCAUGCUAUUCAAACAGCAGGCGUGGCUGAGACAGAAGCUCCUGGUGCUGGGAAGCCUUGCCGUUGGGAGUCUCCUGUAUCUAGUCGCCAGAGUUGGGAGCUUGGAUAGGCUACAACCCAUUUGCCCCAUCGAAGGCCGAUUCGGAGCGCGCAGUCAGGCCGAGUUCCCUCUCCGCGCCCUGCAGUUCAAGCGUGGCCUGCUGCACGAGUUCCGGAAGGGCAAUACUUCCAAGGACCAGGUUCGCCUCCAUGACCUGGUCCAGCAGCUGCCCAAGGCCAUUAUCAUUGGAGUGAGGAAAGGAGGCACCAGGGCUCUGCUUGAGAUGCUGAACCUCCAUCCCGCUGUGGUCAAAGCCUCUCAAGAAAUCCACUUUUUUGACAAUGACGAGAAUUAUGCCAAGGGCAUCGAGUGGUACAGGAAAAAGAUGCCCUUUUCCUACCCACAGCAAAUCACAAUCGAAAAGAGCCCCGCGUAUUUUAUCACGGAGGAGGUUCCGGAGAGGAUUUACAAAAUGAACUCAUCCAUCAAGUUGUUGAUCAUUGUCAGGGAGCCAACCACAAGAGCUAUUUCUGAUUACACUCAGGUGCUAGAGGGGAAGGAGAGGAAGAACAAAACUUACUACAAGUUUGAGAAGCUGGCAAUAGACCCUAAUACCUGUGAAGUGAACACCAAGUACAAGGCGGUAAGAACCAGCAUCUACACCAAACAUCUGGAAAGGUGGUUAAAAUACUUUCCCAUUGAGCAGUUCCACAUUGUCGACGGAGAUCGCCUCAUCACGGAACCUCUGCCAGAACUUCAGCUCGUGGAGAAGUUCUUAAAUCUUCCCCCGAGGAUAAGUCAAUACAACUUAUAUUUCAAUGCUACCAGAGGGUUUUACUGCUUGCGAUUUAACAUUAUCUUUAAUAAGUGCCUGGCGGGCAGCAAGGGGCGCAUUCAUCCGGAGGUGGACCCCUCUGUCAUUACCAAAUUGCGCAAAUUUUUUCACCCUUUCAAUCAAAAAUUUUACCAGAUCACUGGGAGGACAUUGAACUGGCCCUAACAGGACAAGCCCCAUAACACUGUGUGUUGUGGCUGGUGGAGGCACACAAGGUCUCCCUCUAGCUUAUAACAUGCACUUUUCUUAGACACAACUAUCCAAGUCAUUUUUCCACGUGCACUUGUACAUACACCGUGGGCGACCAAAUAGAAGAUGGAUUCUUUUUCUAUUGAAAAUCCACAAAAAAAAAAAAAAAAGAAAAAAUGAUUUGCUGUCUGAGUAGUUGCAUCUUUGGAGCUAUAUACAGAAAGAAAAGGUGGUGGUCUUGGGGGGGACAGUGGCGUCAGCUGUUCUCAAAGAGUUAGUCUUCCUUGGAGUCAGAAUUUGUGCCCGCUAUUUUCAUAGAGUUAAGCCAAAAGAUUAUGCGUGAAGACGGUACGGAUGGCUGUGAAGCUUCGGGAAGUAGAGGAUUCAGGUCGCGCAUUCUCUUCCAAGGGAAAGCCGGCUCUGUAAUCCAGAGACUGAACUGGUGCCGCGAAAACAGAAAACGCUAUUUUCUUAUCAUUUAAAAGACUGUCUCGUCUCAUAGAACUGACAUUGUCCCAAAGUUCCUGUGGUGAUUUUGCACUAUUGUUUUCUCGUACAGACCAUGGUGUCACUUGUAGCAUGUCAGCCACACAUCUGAAAGUCGAGGUCCUUUUACGUCCAUGUUCUGUGUCAACAAAGAGAAACGUCAUGUACAUAGUGUAUAUUGUUGUAAAUACUGGUUUCACACUAAGUAAUUCUAUUUUGUAAACUGAAUAUGGCUAUUUAAUUUAUUGUGAAAAUUAAAUUUAUUGUGGUAUUUAAAAACGGAAUGGAUUAAAAUUACUCUAUGUGCAACCUUUUUUUUUUUUUUUUACUCACUUUGUUUUACACGCCCCCCCCCCCCUUGCUGGCUCCCCAAACCGAAGCUGUUUAUGCGCAUAAGAGCGCGCCUGGAAAGAUACGCGUCUCCGUUGGAUUUCUGUACCCUUGUGAAAAUGUUUUUAUGAAGUGAGGUUGAGUAUAUUACAAAAAAAAAAAAAAAAAUCUCAACCAUCUGGAAAUCUAGUAAUAGAGCCACUUCAAAGAACACUAGCUUACUCUGCGACAACUGCGUAACAAUUAACUUACUUGCGAUGGCUGCUGUGCCAGGAGAGAGAAAUAUUUUCCCAUAAUCAAGGCCUAGAAGAAUCACGAUUUUAUUUGAACCUCUAAUCAGAGUCAGACCAGUCGAGAAAUUAAAUAAAAUCAGAUUAGGGAACUUGUGUGGCCUCUGUACUGAAAGCUGCUGAUGCUACAAAAAUGAAUACAAACUCUCAGAACUCCCUCUUUGAGAUGGAAAAAAAAAAAAAAAAGUCAGUCUGCUCAGAAAUGAUCAAAUGCAUAGUGCUGCUAUUA